CGGCGGCAGAGGAGACUCGGGGGCCAUUUUGUGAAGAGACGAAGACUGAGCGGUAGCGGCCGCGUUGUCGACCUCGAGCAGCAGUUGGCUUCUCCACGUAGAACUCGGGAGUAGGAGAUUCAGAAUCGAAUCCCUUCUCCCUCCCCCCUCCUGGGCAGCAAGGCGAACCCCAUCCCUACUCACUGGAGCUCAGCUUUGAUUUUUAACCUCCCUUCCCCACCCUUCCAGAACACACACAUUCCCAUUCCAAAACUGAUUUUAUAAAGACAUUUUAAACAUAAUGAUGCAACUUGGUGUGCACUACGGCAAAUUUACAGUGAGAUUUUUUUGAUCUUCAGCUACACUUUUCGGCUUUGUGAACAACCGUAUCAUCAAAGACCAUGGCAAGCAAUGUUACCAACAAGACAGAUCCUCGCUCCAUGAACUCCCGUGUAUUCAUCGGGAAUCUCAACACUCUUGUGGUCAAGAAAUCUGAUGUGGAGGCAAUCUUCUCAAAAUAUGGCAAAAUUGUGGGUUGCUCUGUUCAUAAGGGCUUUGCCUUCGUUCAGUAUGUUAAUGAGAGAAAUGCCCGGGCUGCUGUGGCAGGAGAGGAUGGAAGAAUGAUUGCUGGCCAGGUUUUAGAUAUUAAUCUGGCUGCAGAGCCAAAAGUGAACCGAGGAAAAGCAGGUGUGAAACGAUCUGCAGCGGAGAUGUACGGGUCAGUACCAGAACACCCUUCUCCGUCCCCUCUACUCAGCUCCUCUUUUGACUUGGACUAUGACUUUCAACGAGAUUAUUAUGACAGGAUGUAUAGUUACCCGGCACGCGUUCCUCCUCCUCCUCCUAUUGCUCGGGCUGUGGUUCCCUCAAAACGCCAGCGUGUAUCAGGAAACACCUCACGAAGAGGCAAAAGUGGCUUUAAUUCUAAGAGUGGACAGCGAGGAUCUUCGUCCAAGUCUGGAAAGUUGAAAGGCGAUGACCUUCAGACCAUUAAGAAGGAGUUGACCCAGAUAAAGCAAAAAGUGGAUUCUCUACUGGAAAGCCUGGAAAAAAUUGAGAAAGAACAGAGCAAACAAGGAGUAGAGAUGAAGAAUGAUAAGUCAGAAGAGGAGCAGAGCAGCAGCUCCCUGAAGAAAGAUGAGACUAAUGUGAAGAUGGAGUCUGAGGGGGGUGCAGAUGACUCUGCUGAGGAGGGGGACCUACUGGAUGAUGAUGAUAAUGAAGAUCGGGGGGAUGACCAGCUGGAGUUGAUCAAGGAUGAUGAAAAAGAGGCUGAGGAAGGAGAGGAUGACAGAGACAGCGCCAAUGGCGAGGAUGACUCUUAAGCACAUAGUGGGGUUUAGAAAUCUUGUCCCAUUAUUUCUUUACCUAGGCGCUUGUCUAAGAUCAAAAUUUUCACCAGAUCCUCUCCCCUAGUAUCUUCAGCACAUGCUCACUGUUCUCCCCAUCCUUGUCCUUCCCAUGUUCAUUAAUUCAUAUUGCCCUGCGCCUAGUCCCAUUUUCACUUCCUUUGACGCUCCUAGUAGUUAUGUUAAGUCUUACCCUGUAAUUUUUGCUUUUAAUUUUGAUACCUCUUUAUGACUUAACAAUAAAAAGGAUGUGUGGUUUUUA